GCCGAGCUGGGGGCGCGGGGGGGCUUGGAAAGUUUAGGGGGGCCAAGGAGCCUAGAGGACUCGGAUACACAAGAUGCCCCAAGCUGGUCGAAGGAUUUGGGGCCCCUGGUGGGCUUGGAAGGUUUGGGGACCCAGGAGGCUUUGGGGGGCUCGGUGGAAUUGGGGGCACAGGGAACCCCAGGGGGCUCAGACGGACUGGGGGCCCUGGGGGACUCGGAGGUACACCGGGCCCUGCAGGGGGUGGUGUGUCAACGUUGCUGGCUCCUGGUCCAUCACCAGCAGGCACAGCACAUGCAGGUGACCCGGGAGCAAUACCGCAGCCUGGUUAGCGCGGCUCUGCGCAGCCCCCCCCGGCAUGGUCGGUCCCCCCUGGUGUUGUAUAUGGUUGAUAUGCUGGACCUACCGGACUCCGUGCUGCCAGACCUCCCUGAGCUGGUGAGUGCAGGGUCAAACAUCCUGGUGGUGGGCAACAAGGUGGACCUGUUGCCUGGGGACUCUCCAGACUAUCUGAAGCGCUUCCGAAAGUUGUUGCUGAAGAGCUGUGCCCGCCUGGGCAUCCUCCCUGCAGCCAAGGGCAUUGGGGACCAGGCUGACAGGACUGGGCGCCACAACUUGGUGGAUGUGCACCUCAUCAGUGCCAAGACAGGCUAUGGCGUGGAGGAGCUGAUCUCCAAGCUGCAGCGCUCCUGGAAGUGCAAUGGCGAUGUGUAUCUCAUAGGCACUACCAACUCUGGCAAAUCCACACUGUUCAAUACUCUGCUGCAGUCUGACUACUGCAAGUCCAAAGCCCCAGAGGUGAUCAACCGAGCAACAAUCUCGCCCUGGCCAGGCACAACCUUAAAUCUCCUGAAAUUUCCAAUUAUUAAUCCUACACCUGACAGGCUGUUCAGAAGACAGGAAAGAUUAAAAGCAGAUGCAGAAAAAACUGAAGAACAACUUAGUGGUGAUGAACAAAAAUAUCUUAAAUGCCUUAAAAAGCAAGGUUAUUUAAUAGGAAGGGUGGGAAGAACAUUUCAACAACAGAAGUCAAAAGGUAUUAUUCACUUUGAUCCUGAUGAGCUCUCUUUUAACAUGGAAGAGGAGCCUGUCAUUCCAUCUAAGAAGCCUAAAGAGAGAGUGGAAUUUACAUACAAUGAACUGAAAGAUGCUCGCUGGUUUUUUGAUACGCCAGGGAUUGUAAAAGAAAAUUGUGUUUUAAAUCUUCUCUCGGAGAAAGAAGUAAAGAUUGUCUUACCCACUCAUGCCAUUGUUCCACGGACCUUUGUACUGAAGCCUGGAAUGGUUUUGUUUCUAGGUGCUUUGGGACGUAUAGAUUAUCUACAGGGAGCAAAAUCCUCCUGGUUUUCUGUUGUGGCUUCUAACCUGUUGCCAGUCCAUGUGACUACCCUGGAGAAGGCAGACGGCAUCUAUCAGAAGCAUGCUGGAGACACAUUACUGAAGGUGCCCACAGGAGGUGAAGAACGAAUGAGAGAAUUCCCACCACUUACUGCUCAGGAUAUCACGCUGGAAGGGAUUGGCAUCUUCGAGGCAGUGGCUGACAUAAAGCUGUCCUCUGCUGGUUGGGUUGCGAUAACGGCUCACUUGGAAGACAAACUGCAGCUGCGAGCCUAUACUCCUGAAGGAACAGCCCUGAUGAUUCGUAAACCUCCUCUGCUACCACAUAUUGUUGCCAUCAAAGGGAAACGCAUCAAAGGAAGUGUGGCCUAUAGAACUAAAAAGCCAUCUCCCUUAGUGGAAAACAUAAAGUCAAAUAAACCAAUGGAAAAAAAGGUACCUAAAAUGUAAGCUGCACAGGAGCUGCGAAGCCCUUGGACAUGUAACUGGCUGUGAGCCAUACACAAAAAUAAUUGGUCGUGGAACUCUGUAGAAAACAUUUUCAGACUGGCUUUGUAAAACAUGUUUGAAAGAUCCGGCACAUGUCCGUGUGAAGCAUGCAUCAGCCUGCUGUGUAGUGUGCAGCCCGGGGGCUCACAUGAUUUGCAGUCUACACUUCCCAUUACCUGAUGACUUGUGUCAUUCAGACUCUUCAGUCAUACAUUAGACAGUCGGAUGUGGCAUCACUGCACUUUCCUGCUGGUUCCCCUGACAUAUGUGGAGUCAGGCUGCUGUCAGGCUGGGAAGCUGCAGCAGGGAGGGCUUUAGUGAAGCUGUCAGAACAUGCCAAUCUCCAGUUGCUACAGAUGUUUGGACAGGAGACUCGUUUGUGUGUUUGGCCUUGUACAUGAAAUGAGUGGGAAGAUUUCAGAAAGAAGCCUCUAGAGACCAUCCCAGGAGACCUCUUUGCAGUAGUGUAGAACUUUAAAGAAAAGCCGAUAAGAACCAGGGCAGCACAGUACACAGCUGAACGGAGGAAAUCAGACGGGAGCCUCAACUGAGAGCUCCUGCAAAACAUUCCCAUGCUGUGACUUGCCCAAAAUGUACAGUCAUCAGUCUCUUCAUCAUGACGAUGAGCUCAGGAGGCAAAUAACGUUAUUAACUCUGCUCUCCCCAGUCAAGUGCAGCUUUUUGUAACAAGGGGAGCGGCUGGCACAGUUGAUGUCUCUGCCCCUUUGAGCUGAAAUUCCCUUCUGUGGCAGUGGUUCUCAAAGAUUACCGGCCCACAGUGUGUUACCUGGUCCUCAGGGCACAGGUGGCAGGGCAGCAGCAUCCCAGACCAGCUGCCUACCCCACAUCCCAGAGGGUGUGGAAGCGGGUGACAGCCCCAAAGAAGAACACCUGCCACAUGGCAUGGGCCAGCUGCUCAGACUCCCAUGCAGCCAGGAACCUGCUGGACUCCAGCAUGCAUAGGCCACACCUGUGAGCUGGUUGGGCUCUGGGUUGAGAACCGCAGCUCUUUGAUGCUGCCCCGCUGCACAGAACACUAAGGUCAGACUUGACCUUUCUGAACAGGGCUUGUCAAAAAGCCUUUAAUCUUACUAGAAUACUGAAUUCUCGUGCCCUUUUGAGCUGCAGCUUUGCCAUUUGCGCUCUCCCCCGUGA